AUGUCGUUGACACGAAGCACGAUGCUCGAACUGUGCGAUUUUGUGCAACACAAACCCUCGACGAUACUCGGCAACAAGUUUUUCGAUUCGCGCAUUGUGAUUCCUGUGGAAGUCGCGCACAAAUCGGAUCGAUUCGAGUCGAGAAUUUUUGUGAUUUCGAAAUUUCGGGUGUUCAUAUUGGCGGGAAAAACGACGGGAUCGCUGAAAAUCGAAAAAUCGUUUCAUGUUUUGUCGAUCAAAUCAAUUCACGUCGUCAAGGAGGAUGAGAUCUCGAUUCUUGUCGAUGACGUGAUGCACAAAAAGAAGACCGUUGUGAAAUCGGCAACGCACAGUGCCCAUCAUAUCGCCAAACAGAUUCUAUCGGCCAUCAAACACUAUUUUCCCGAUUUUGACCACCAAUUAACGUCAUCGGUUGAUCUUGUGCCGAAUACGAUGUAUUCGGAAUUCAGCGCGCUUCCCAUCGCCACACCGCGUCCUUGUCAUUCAUUUCGGCGAACGUACGCGGCUUUAUGCGAUUUUUAUGACCAACCGUACCGCGAAGAGGUUUCGUGGGAUGUCGAAAAAAUCUACACGGCGAACAAGGUGCGCGAUUUGCGUGUCGACGAUUUUUCGCAUUUGUUGCCGCGCGAUUUGUUGCCGAUCGUCGGCGUUUUGAUAUUCUCCGCGUAUUUUACGGGUCUGAUUUGCGAUGGGAUUCGUGUGCCUUCGGACGUCAUCGACGUGAUAUUGACGGUGAUUCGAAAAUCGCAUUGUUUGAAGAAGUUGCAAUUGAGGCAGUGCGCGUUGCCAAAAGAUUUCAUCACACUUUUGGCGUCGGCACUUCAUGGCAAUCAGCACACGACACUGGAACAUCUGGAUUUGUCGAAGAAUGCGUUGGAUGAUAAGAAAGGCUUCAUGACACUCUCGUCGGUGUUGCCGCGCCUUCAGCAAUUGCGCGUCGUCAAUUUUUGUGAAUGCCAACUCUCGGAGAAGUCGAUCAAUGCGCUUUGUAUGGGAUUGUACAAUGGGAUGACGUCAUGCAAGAGCGGUGGAAUGCAGCUGACCGAGCUGAAUUUGUCGUCGAAUCUCAUCAAAGACGACAUCUCAUCAAUUGUCAAUCUUCUUUCGAUAUGCACGUCGCUUCGCGUUCUGGAUUUGUCCGACACCGGAAUCGCGCUUGACAAAUUGUGGAAUCCGCUGAAGUAUGGUGGAAUGCAGAUUGAGAAGCUUCUCCUAGCCGGAUGCAGUAUUGGGAAGAAGUCGGAGUGCCUACAGACGGCGAAAGAGUACUUCUCGAUGGCGGUGAAUUUGUCGCACGUCUCGUUCAACAACACGUCGAUGCCGUCGGACUAUCUCAAAGCGAUUCUGUUGGGAUUGGCGUCGAAUCAACAACUGCAACCGUUUCGUUUGGAUUUGGACGCGACUUGCGAGAAGGGCUCGGCGAGCGUUUUGGACGCGUGCAUCGGCGGCGUUCGCUGCGAGACGCUGAGUCUACGCGACAACAAUCUCGAAGCGGAAAUGCAAGGCGUUUUGCAAAGUUUGAUGCUCAUCCGAUGCCUCAAACGAUUGGACAUUGGCGGCGCGAACAUGAAUCAAUUGAAGCGGUCGAACAAGCAGGCGCACGCGAUCAACAAGAUUCUCCUCGAGGUGGUGAAAUUGUACAGCGAUGAGGGUUGUCUCGAAGAGUUGAUAUUGUCGGAUUGCCGCCUCGGCGCCUAUCUUAGUGUGCUUCUGAACACGCUCGGCGCGACGACGACACUCAAAUCGUUGGACAUCUCGGCGAACGACAUUGGCAGUUUUGGGGCGCGCAUUUUGUCGAAAGCGCUUCAAGUGAAUGUCUCGCUGAGAUUCUUGUCGAUCGAUAAUAACCAUAUCGCCGCUGAUGGAUUUGUCGAUUUGGCGGCAAGCAUGAGAAUGAAUCACACUCUCACGCAUAUUCCGUAUCCGGUUCACGAUGUGUUCGAUUGUAUGCAGCGCGCUGAACGCCCGCGAGCUGUCGGCGCAUUGGCGCAGAUGCAGAAUUAUUUGUAUCGCAAUCGCACGUCGGCUAGCGUCGAUGAGGCGAAUUGCAAGAAGCUGAUCUCGUCGGGACUAAUGCAGCAGAUGGAAAAGUCGCCCAGCGAUGUUGUCGGUCGUGUCACCGAUUCGUUGAUCUCCUACGGAUCCGACGCGUUUCCAGGUCGCCUCAACGAGAUGAUCGAGGAUUUCGUCGAGCAGUUUCGUCGCGAGGCCGCCAUGUCGAUUGUGGAGUCGCUCAAUCGCUGUAUGGAUGCCGACGUGUCGGCGGUGUCGUCGAAACGCGCCGAGCAGAUUGCGGUGGCGCGACUCGCCGAAAUGUGGACCGAACAGGCGAAGCAUGUGUUCAGCGAAUGGAAAUGGCAAGAGAUGUGCGAGCACGUCGAAUCGGAGAUCGCGCGUGGCGCUAAUGGCGGAUCGGCGGACACGUCGAGCGUCGGCCGAAGCUCGUCGGUGGGCACCGGCUCGCCUGCAAUGUCGUCGCCGUUCACGCCGAAACGAAACCAAGCCGGCCAUCGGCCGAGAAGCAUCAUUGCCGAUUUGUCGACAUCGUCGACGACGGAAACGCUCGGCGGCGGCAUCGAGGUUGGUGUGAAUCUCGACGCUCCGCCGAAGCCGUCGAGUUUGUCGCAUUUGCAAAAAGCGCGACCGCGAAAGCGCGGCGCGGUGUCGGUGAUCAAAACGAACGACGAGGCAAUGAUGACGAGUCGUAGCAGCGCCGGCGGAAUCGAAGAGGGCUUCGAGGACAUUUGCGACGACAUGAAUGAGCUGAAAGUUGUCGACAGCAAAACGACGCGAAUCGCGAUGAUACCCGACACGUCGCUUCUCGCGCAAGUCCAAUUGCGACCGGCGUCGAUUGAGCGAAACGCGGAGGCGGCGUCGUCGUCGCCGAUGGCCGAUUCGCCGCCACCGCCGUUGCCGCAACGGAAUAGAGUCGGACCCGGCGGUGCACCGCCGCCAAUUCUUCCGCCGAAACCCGAGCCGAGGACGCGCUUCGGCGGCGGUCUCGGAAGCCCGCUGACGCCAACCGGAAACGCCGAGGAUGAUGAGAAUGCGAAUAGUCGUCGUUCGCCGCGCUCGCUUUCGACGAGUUCGUCGCAUCCAAAAACAGAAAUCGUUUUAUUGCAUAUUGGGCAACCUUGGACCGAGUUUUACGCCAAGGAAUUCCUUCAUAAUCGCGCGGCCAUAUUUUAUAACAUUCCCGACGGUCUGAGAAGAUUUAUUCCCAAAAAUGCGAUGACAAACGCGAGAAUUCGCGGAUGUAUUCGCGACUACGGGAAAUCGUUGAGUUUGGAGGAUCAAGUCGAUGAGUUGGCUGAAAAUUUGGAGACGGCACUCACUCGAAUCAUACCCGAAUUCGGGCCAUUUCGCGUGUCGCGAUUGUUUCAUUUCGACAAAGAGCCGCUGGAAGUGAGAUUUGAGCAGUUGAAAAAGCGACGCGCCGAGAAAUUCGUGUUUGUGCCAUUGUACAGUCAUUAUAGCUCGUCGGAGAGCGGGCAUUUGCUAUCGCAAAUUGGUGGGCAUAUUCAGGCGACGACUGUUCCACUAACCGUGGGAAACAAAGAAGUUGUGAGAAGUCGAAUUGAGCAGAAAUCGGAUUGCUCGUUUGAUGUGUCGGCGAUUCAUCGUUGGAAUGAUCAUCCAUUCGUCUCCGAGUAUUGGGCGCGAAAAUUGCGUCGAAUCGUUGGCGAUCUCGAUGGAAUCGUGUUCGCGGUGCCGCGCAAAUUCGCCUACAAUCGCGUCGAGUUCGAUCGUUCGGUGUGGGCGACGUGCGAGCGCGUCAUGUCGCAAUUGGACAAUUCGGUGCCGUGGCGAAUGGCGUAUUUCAACGCGUGGGACGCGUGGCGUAUUCCGUGUCGAGACGCGCUCGCCGCACACGUCAAAUCGUUGGCGACGUUGUCGAUGACGCGCAAAAUCGCCGUUGUGCCGGUGACGGAGAUUCUCGAGACGUUCGACACACUUCACGUGUUGCCGUCGUUGGAGAAUGAAUUGAAGAAUGUUGUCGUACUGAAACCUGAUGAUUGUUCGGAUCUCGUUGCGCAAGGAAUGUCGGAAAUUGUGAAGAAUCACCUCCUCGGACGCGAAAAUCGCCAACUAGACACACACGGGAAGAUUUAUGAUCAGAUAACGAUCAUGGUGAGCUCCGGUGAGGAUCGAACGAAUGCGGCCAAGCCGGCGAUGGAUGACGACGGGGCUAGCGAUUCGGAAGGCGACGCCGCUGAAGAUAUUUUGGAGGAGUCGCCCGAUAAACGAUGGUCGAAGCGUCGCGAGCAGGUCAAGCAGCGCGACGUGCCCGGAAUCGACGUCGCCUAUCUUGCCAUGGACAAUGAAACGGGAAACGAGGUAGUUUGGAACGAAGUGCAAUUCUCCGAACGGAAAAAUUUUCGAGCUCAAGAGGAGAAAAUCAACGCGGUUUUCGACAAUUUAACACAGCUGGUGCACACAAAUCUGGUCAAAUUUCAUAAAUAUUGGACGGACUCGAAGUCGGAAAAGCCGAGGAUAAUCUUUAUCACCGAAUAUAUGUCGUCGGGAUCGAUGUCGGCGUUUUUGCAGCGCACACGAAAAGCGGGAUCGCCGCUGAGUAUCAAGGCGUGGAAGAAAUGGACGACGCAGAUACUGUCGGCGCUCAACUAUUUGCACUCGUCGGAUCCGCCGAUAAUCCACGGCAAUCUGACGUGCAACACGGUAUUCAUACAACAGAACGGAUUGAUAAAAAUCGGAUGUGUGGCGCCCGACGCGAUCAAUCAUCACGUGAAGACGUGUCGAGAGAAUAUGCGCUAUAUGCAUUAUAUUGCACCCGAAUAUGAAAACGGCAGCGAGGUGACGCCGGCCGCCGAUAUUUACUCGUUUGGCAUUUGCUCGCUUGAGAUCGCGGUCAUCGGCGGUUUGUCGGGUUGUCAGAACGGCUCGGCCGAGGGUCCCGUCACCGAGGAUGUGAUCGAGAAGGCGAUCCGAUCGCUCGAUGAUCCCCUUCAGCAGGAUUUCAUUCGGCAGUGUUUGAGGAGGGAUCCCGUCGAGAGGCCGACGGCACGACAAUUGUUGUUCCAUCAGAUAUUGUUUGAGGUGCACUCGCUGAAAUUGCUCGCCGCGCACGCGAUCGUCGACUCGAAAAAGUAUGACGACGUGUCGGAGAGCGUGUUCCGAAUACCGGACAACGAGAAGAUUGCGGCGACGUCGAAAUUCAAAGAGAUGGCCUAUUGUCAAGUGGCGGCGUUUCAGUUGGACUUGGAGAAGUUUCUCGACGACGUUCGAAACGGCAUCUAUCCGCUGACGGCGUUCGCGCCGCUCGCUCAUCAGCCGUCGACGACGCUCAAGGCGUACACGAAUCAGAACAACGCGACGAGCGAUUCUGGCGCGUGUCAACCGACGAAUUCGGCGAGUGGCGAGAGUGGCUCGAAGAAAGAUUCGACGCAUUCGCAGAAUGGUUGUUUCGAUGCGACGCCGAAGGCGGCGGACAACGAUGAUCGAAUGCACGGAAGUGCCGGAACGUCGUCGGGUGGCGGUGGUGGCGGCGGCGGCGGCCACCACAGCAACAAUCACUCGUCGGACGCGUAUCAGAAUGGGACGACAAGCCACGAGGCGCCGUCGACGCCGCCACCCGCCGACGAGCAGGGCGAUGUGCGAAGCGAGAGCCGACACAUUUUGGAGAUCAACGUGCACAUUGAGGAUGACGAGGUCUCGAUUGUGCUACUAUUGGAGGAUCAAAUGCAUCGACAAUUGACGACGACGCUGACGAAGGCCGACACGCCCGAAUCAUUGACGUCGAAUCUCGUGGCGCAUGGAUUCGUGUGUCAGCUCGACUCGAAUGGCGUCGAAGAAGCGAUUUCCGAGGCGUUUUCAAUUCGCGCCAAAAAGCUUGAAGGCCAAUUAGAAGAGGAUUCGGACGAUGCGACGAGGCCGAUGGUGAAUGGUGGUGGUGGCGGUGGUGUGACGCCAAGCCGUCAUCAGGAGGCCGUCUAG